GUUUACUGUUUUCAUGGUUGUGUUCAUAAAAAAAGGACUGUUUGGUGUUUUCAUUCACAACCGGUCUGUAAUCGUUUCUUAUUUUUUUUUCCACCUUCCUAAAACUAAAAAUCAAUCAUUAAUUUAAUAAUUUUUCCUUAACUAGAUUUAUCAAACAAACAUCAUCAUGGCUACUAUGCCAGUAAAUCCUAAACCGUACCUUAAUGGUCUUAUGGGAAAAACUAUCAUUGUUAAACUUAAAUGGGGACACGAAUACAAAGGAUUUUUGGUGUCUACCGAUAAUUACAUGAACAUACAGUUAGCCAGCGCUACAGAAUUCGUUGAGGGUAGUGAACCAGCUUUAUUAGGAGAAAUCAUGAUUAGGUAAGUUUAUUAAAUAUUUAAAUGGCUACUGUCCAUUGUCAUUCCUUCCAGCUAUUUGGGAUCUAUAAUGUCAAUAUUAUGUAUCAUUUCUUUUAUUUCAUAUUCUGUUUGAGCCUUGGCCGCACUUCAGUUUCUUAUUAUAUUGAUGGACACUUACUUUCAGUCCCCCGUAAACAUAAUACAAACUAAAAAUAUUACUAAAUAUAUAUAUAUAUUUUUUUUAAAUGCCCUUUUUUCGCAAUGUUAAGAACAUAAAGUCUCUACACCAUUUCCUUUUUAAUCUUCUAGGUGGGUUGUCUGGUAAUGAUUUAUAGUUUGGUUGUAAAAGGAUUAUUAUGCGAUUGGAGGUAAUUGUGGAAUUUGGUGUAGUAUAUUUUGGAGAAUUGAUUUAAGGUGUGAGCUUUGAGGUCAUGUUUGGUUAAUGUUAGUUAUGUACUAAGGUGUAGAGAAAGUAGGCGAAGACAGAUGGAUUAAAAGGAUUAUAUUUUUUGAGUGUUUGAGGAUUUUGGGGCACCCUAUAGGUGGAUUCCGUAAGUCCAUAGUGGUUUGAGUAGAGAUUUAUAGAUUAUUAAUUUGCUAUUAAUGUUCAUUUUUGAUCACAGGAGGGGUCUUAAUAGGUAGAGACUGACAUUUAGAGCUUUUCGUUUUGCUUUUAGGUAAGCAUUUCAAGUGAGUUUACUAUCUAAAAUAAGGCCUAGGUAAUUAACUUUUGAACAGGUAGGGAUUAAAAUACUAUUAAUUUUGACUUGUGGGUAUGUUGAUUUUUUUAGUGUAAAAGUUAUAUGGGAGGACUUGGAUUUGUUCAUUUUGAUUUUCCAUCGUUUUGUCAAAAGGUGGAUUAUGUUAAGGUGUCUUUGAAUCAUAUUAGAAAACAAUGCAGGAUUUUCAUUGGAGGCCACAAUUUCUGUGUCAUCAGCGUAGGUAACCGAGUUCGGUAUAAGAUGUUUUUGGAAUGUUAUGAGUGAAAAAUAUAAAUUAAAAUUUUCAUUUAGCAUAUAUUUUGAGCAUUUUUUUUGAAUUUUGCCCCCUCUUAAAUUUCACCUAUGGGUACCAAUGAUUAUAUUCUCAAAUUAUUAAUUUAAAAUUAAACUAAUUUUACACAAUACUAAUGGUGUACUCAUACAUAUAUUUUGAAUUCAUGCUGAAUUAAUAACUUUAUAUUCCCAAGUAUAUUAGCUAUGUGAUAUGGGCAGGUCCAUUUAUUAAUAUCCAUUAAUUAAAAAUUAAAUAAUUUAUAUAAAUACAUUUAGAACUACUAAUUCGUUUUCAAUCAUAGGAAAGGCUAGACUGAAACAUUCAAAUUGUUCUUUUUGGAUUUUUAUAAAAAUAUGAACAAAAUUCUGCCUAUUGCUUAUUUCACAUAGUUUAUAAAAAUAACAACUUAUAAAGACUAAAAUAUGUAAUGAAAUUUAAGCAAUAGGUAAUUACGCCGUACACUAUGCGGCCUACAAGACUGUGCUAGGUAGGUAUUGAAAUUAUGAUGUUUGGACUAUUAUUAUUCUCAAACUAAUUUAAACUAAUUGUAGGAUUUUCUAUUAAUGUAUUUAUUAGCAACUGCAAUACAUAAUAUAAUAUUAACCACAAAUCAUGAUUGUCAGUUAUCAAUCUACAGGACUAUAUGACCAUAUAACUGCAUAUUCACUUUUAUUUUAUUACUGUACGCAAUAUUAUAAAAUUGGAAGUGAGUAUACCUUUGUAUACCCUCAACCAUAUCUCUAUUAAAUUAUUUUUAAUUUUAUUUAGCUUAUUAUAUCAUAAUCAAUGUUUUUAAUAUUAAUGAAUGUACCUUAAACAAAUAUUUCAUUUUAGGUGUAAUAAUGUUCUUUACAUUAGAUCAGUUGAUGAUGAAAAUGAAGAAGGUGAUGCAGAGAUGAAAGAUUGAAUAAAUAAAGUAUGCCAUAUAUCAACAUUUGUAUUAAUAAGUAUCUCUAAUUAUUAUUUUGUGUAUAAUUUAAUUGA